AACCGAGUCAGCAGCAGCAGCAGCAGCAGCAGCAGCAGCAGCAGCAGCAGCUUGGUUGUCAUCCCGACCAGUCAUCAGCUGUCUCCAAUCAGCUGCUCACCAUCACAUGAUCAUGUUUCUCCUCGUCCUAUUUCUUUUCCCUUCUCUUUUGCUUCCUCUCCUCUUCUUUUCUCUUCUUCUCUCACGCUUCCCGAGUCGACCACCCGCCACGUCCAUCUACCCCCGUAGGUGAGCGCACGCGCAAGCCCGGCCCAAGAUCGACCACCUCCAGCCCAGCCGGUCUUCAACCCAUGAAGACCAGCCAGUGCGAGAGGGACUCCGUCUUGGAAAGGCUUCCAGGACUCCUCCGCUCAUGCGACCCCGUGCAUGAUCCGGCGGCAGCGUCAUUCGCUCCUUUAUCGUUCGACCAGUUCGCCCGCUCGUUCCCUCUGGUCUGGAUCUUCCUGUCCCUCCUUUGCCUCUACACUUGGCUGUCUCUCGCCUCGUUUCUGGUGCGCUCGUUGGAUAUUGACGGCAGCACCAUGUUCUUCAGGAACCGCUCGUUCAAGUCCAAGGAUCCUCGCGUGGGCAAGUCUGCCCGCUCGAGCCGGAAGAAGCGUGAGGGUUACACGAAGAUGAUGUCGCAGGAGGAGUCGGGUCGUUCACGUCCGGACAGCCCCCCCGUGAGCCCCAUAGUCAGCCUGAUCGUCGGCCCGGACCAGCGCAUGUUCGUCGCGCACGAAGACGUCCUGUCCCGGUCUCCGUUCUUCAGCGCCAUUCUACGGGAUUAUUUCGUAGGAGACAUUCCAGGGAAGACCAAAGUGAUCACCCUGCCAGAGGAAGAACCCGAAAUCCUCUUCUGCAUCCUCGAAUUCCUCUACAAAGGCGACUACACCCCACGUCUUGUCCCGCGCCAAUCCCCAGACAACAACGAUAACAACACCAACGACGUCAGCGGAGGUAGCACCAGCACCAGCAGAGGCACAAACAGCGCCUGGACCCUCGAACCCAGUACCCACCCCACCACCUUCAGGCACACCCCCACCUCGACCCCCAUCCUGCUUGAUACCGCUAUCUACUGCGCCGCAGACAAGUACUCUCUCCCUCCGCUCAAGCGUCUCGCGCUCCGCAAACAGGGUCUCCGGUCUGGUAUCCCCAUCGACGUGAUCCUGCGGUCGGCGCGCUACGCCUACGACCACACCCCGGACUCGGAGUACCGACUGCGUGCGCAUUACCUAGCGAUGGUCAUCCAAGCGCGGGGUGUGUUCAAGGAUAGUGGCACCAUGCAGUUGGAAAUGGAGAUGGGCCAUACGUUCUUCUUUGAUUUGUUUGUGGCUAUGUGUAAUUAUGUGGAUGAUUUGGAGAGAUGCGCGAGAGAUUAACUUUUCCCGCCCAUCUCCUACAAAACCAACCAUGUGAAUACCAAACAUGGCCCUCCAAUAUCCAAGAAAAGAAAACAAACAGAACAGCAAAAAAAAAA